GCCGCCGCCACCAUAGGGCUGGGUCGUGGGUUUGGUCGCGGGUUUGGUCCCGGGCGCCGCCGUCGACUCCGCGGUCGCCGCAGCGGCAGCCACUCGGGCGACCUGAGCAGAUUUCUUAGGAAGAACCAACUGGAAAAAAGAAAUGAAGUCCCUUCUCUUCACAUUUGUUUGUGUUGUUCAUCUGUUACCUCUGGCCUCUGGGAACACUGUAUAUGGGAAUGAUGCCUCCCAGAGGACUCUUCAAGAUAUAAGAGAAGAAAUAUCCGGGUAUAGAGAUGUCGCUAAAUCAAUCAUCAAGCUUGCUGUUUAUGGUAAAGCCCAGAACAGAUCCUAUGAGCGACUGGCACUUCUGGUUGAUACCAUUGGACCCCGACCAAGUGGCUCAAAGAGCCUAGAAAAAGCCAUCCGAAUCAUGUACCAAAACCUACAGCAAGAAGGGCUGGAGAAUGUCCACCUGGAGCCAGUCAAAGUACCCCACUGGGAAAGGGGAGUAGAGUCGGCUGUGAUGCUGGAACCAAGAUUUCACAAGAUGGCUAUUUUGGGUCUUGGCAGCAGCAUUGGGACCCCCCCAGAAGGCAUUACAGCAGAAGUUCUGGUGGUGACCUCUUUUGAAGAACUGCAGAGAAGGGCCCCAGAAGCAAAAGGGAAGAUUGUUGUUUACAACCAACCUUAUGUCGGCUACUCAAGGACAGUGCAAUACCGACUUUGGGGGGCAGCAGAAGCUGCCAAAGUGGGGGCUUUGGCAUCCCUCAUUCGAUCAGUGACUUCCUUAUCCAUCUACAGUCCUCACACAGGUAUUCAGGAAUAUCAGGUUGGUGUGCCCAGGGUCCCAACGGCCUGUAUUACAGUUGAAGAUGCAGAAAUGAUGUCAAGAAUGGCUUCUCGUGGGACCAGAAUUGUCAUUCAGUUGAAGAUGGGGGCAAAGAACUAUCCAGAGGCUGAUUCCUUCAACACUGUAGCAGAGAUCAUUGGGAGCAAGUAUCCAGAGCAGGUUGAAAAGCAGCACAGGGACAGCAUGGUUCAGAAGGUUGUACUGGUCAGUGGACAUCUGGACAGCUGGGAUGUUGGGCAGGGUGCCAUAGAUGAUGGUGGCGGAGCCUUUAUAUCAUGGGAAGCACUCUCGCUUAUUAAAGAUCUUGGGCUGCGUCCAAAAAGGACUCUGCGCUUGGUGCUCUGGACUGCAGAGGAACAAGGCGGAGUUGGAGCCUUCCAGUAUUAUCAGUUACACAAGGAAGCUGUUUCCAACUUCAGCCUGGUGAUGGAGUCUGACCUGGGAACCUUCUUACCCUAUGGGCUGCAGUUCACUGGCAGUGAUCAGGCCAGGACCAUCAUGAAGGAGGUCAUGAGCCUGCUGCGGCCCAUCAAUGUCACACGGGUCUUCAGCGGUGGAGAAGGAACAGACAUUAACUACUGGAUCCAAGCCGGAGUCCCCGGAGCCAGUCUACUUGAUGACCUGUAUAAAUAUUUCUCUUUACAUCACUCCCAUGGAGACACCAUGUCUGUCAUGGAUCCAAAGGAGAUGAACAUCGCUGCUGCUGUUUGGGCUGUUGUCUCGUAUGUCGUUGCGGACAUGGAAGAUAUGCUGCCCAGGUCCUAGCCAGAGCAAGAAGCAGGCAUGUUCUUCCGUGCCAGCCAGGAGCCCUGGGUCUGGAGCUUCAGGAAGCCACUCUUCACCCAACAGUUCCAUCUGAUUUGUUUGCAAAGCACAGCCCUUUUUCAUACUUUGUUAUCAUCUUUCUUGAUACUGUUUGAAUUGCCUGUUUGUAGAAUAAGGAAUGAUCCCUGCCCCCACGUAGAAUCAGCAUAUGAUAGAGAUCACAGCGGGGGCAUUUCUUUAUACCGUCUAUAAAAAAUAUUGUUUCUACUUUGAAAGUAAACACCGUAUAAAUCUUUGGAAGGCCUCUGGUUUUUUUGUGUUCAUUUAUAAGCAUUAAAUCAAAUACGAUGGCAUCAA